AUGCAAUGUACAGCAUUCAAAGAGUCAACUGUGCUGUCCGACAAUCAAUGCACAAAAUGGGACAUUCUUUCCCCAAAACCCAAUGUCGGCCAUCAGAGGAUUUUAUGCGCGUCAUCUAUAAAAUGCAUUUUUCUGCACACCCAUUUUUACUGUGAUACGGACACGAGAGCUUGAAAAGGGAUGAAUCCUCUUUCUUCCCGUGGAUGCGCUCUAAUCGUGUCCAAUGGAUAUCCCCGGCAUCAGCAAUACGACCACGGAAGAUAUGUCGGGUUCGGGCUUCAUUUUAGAGAUGAUCACCAUCAAACCGGUUUUAAACACCCUGAGCACCCAGUUCAGCAACCAGACAGCUGGGCUGGACGUGCAACGCAACACCCCGGUGAGGAGCUCGGAGGGGAACUCGGUGCUCCAGGGCAUCGCAGUGGCUGCGCAGGCAUUGCUGCUCUUAGCCAUAUUUUUACUGUCAAGCUUGGGUAACUCAGCAGUCGUGGUGGUCAUAAUCAAACACAGACAGUUGAGAACAGUAACCAAUGCGUUCAUAAUGUCCCUCUCCCUUUCUGAUUUCCUGACGGCCGUCCUUUGUCUCCCCUUCUCCUUCAUGAUGCUCUUCAGCCAAGAUGGCAAGUGGAUGUUCGGCGAGCGCUUCUGCGUCGCCAACGGGUUUUUCAACACGUGUUUCGGCAUCAUUUCCACUUUGACCAUGACUCUCAUCUCCUUUGACAGAUACUACGCCAUCGUCAGGCAACCACAAGCCAAAAUCGGCAAGAGCAGAGCGAUUCAGCUCCUGGUGGCGGUUUGGGUAUCAGCCAUGGCCUUCUCGUUUCCCUGGUACCUGGUGCACGCCUCUAAACACCUGGUGAUACACAAACAGGGCUUUUACCAUUGCAUGUACGUGUUCCACUCUGGCACCUCCAGGAUGGGUACCACCUACAGCAUGGCUUUAAUCGUGACCUGUUAUCUACUUCCGUUCGCUCUCAUGUGCUUCUGCCACUAUAACAUCUGUAAAACCGUCCGGCUGUCAGAGAUCAGGGUGCGGCCGGUGACCACGUACGCGCACCUGUUGCGCUUCUACAGCGAGAUGCGCACGGCCACCACGGUGCUUAUCAUGAUCGUGUUCAUCAUCUUCUGCUGGGGACCCUACUGUCUGAUGGGGAUCAUCACCGCUUUGGGAAACUACACUUUUAAUCCUGCCAUGGACACGGUGGCCAUCUGGAUGGCUUGGGCUAACGGUGCCAUCAACCCUUUGAUUUACGCCAUAAGGAACCCGAAUAUAUCCAUGCUGUUGGGCCGGAGCAGGGAAGAGGGAUAUAGGACUAGAAACAUCGCUGCGUACCUGUCCACGCAGGCGCAGCGCAGGGAAGCGGUCCGGACGCGCGCGGACCGCAUCCGGGACCGGUACGUGAGCAGGCACGGGGCGAACAGCCGCCUGUCUUCCUCCAGCCCCGCCAACGGAGGAGAGGUGGCGAUGUGGGCCUGUAAAAACCCGGCAGUGUUUUUCUGUAGGGAUGCCCACCCUGAUACCAUCACCGAACCCUCGGUGCCCAAAGUUGAAACCGCUGACACCAGUUUGUAAUCGUGUUGUUGACACUUUAUAAAGACUUUCAUUUGAUACAGGGUUUCAAAAAAAGUAUUCAUCAAAGUCUCAUACUGUAAUUCUAGAUAUGAAUGUGCAUCAACAUUACAUAAUGUCUAAGAGAUCACUCUAUAUCUAUAUUGAAUGUUUAUUAAGAUGUGUUACUGUAAUGUUUCUUAAAACAGCAUCACUUUUGGUUUGACACCAAAAUCUCAAACGUACAUUUACAAUCUAAUGUAUUAGCAGAAUGUUUGUAGAUUAGUCUGUGUGUGUUAAGUGCCAACAUGAAAGUCACUAAAAUGAGCCUAUAAUGCACAUGCUUUACAACACUGUGAAAACACUGAGGAGUUUACAGAUGCCUUUCCCAUAAACCAAAAAAUAACAAUUAUACAAUUAUACUAAAUUAUUUAUCAAACUAACAAUGGAACUAAUAGAAAAGUUACAUAAAAACAGGGUCAAAACUAGGCAUGGGCCGGUAUAAGAUUCUGGCGGUAUGAUAACCUUUACCAAAAAAUACCACGGUUUCACGGUGUUGCGGUAUUGCCAUUGCAACACUAAAAUGUGUUAUUUUCAAAUGCCAGGUACAAUAAAGCCUUUAAAUUAUAAUAUGCUUUCAAAACAUAUAUAGUAUUUUCGUAAUAUAUAUUAAAUGUAAACAUCAAAUCAAUCACAUGACUUCAUGAUUUAAUGAAUUUUGUAUAAACACAGCUCAUACCUUGGAGACGGUAUCACAGAACAUUUUAGUGGUUUUGAAACCUUGACUGUUUUAAACCUCGGUAUACCUUGAAACCGGUAAUCGGCCCAUGCCUAGUCAAAACUUUAUUAAUUCAGUAUUUCAUUGUGAUUUUUUUUUUGUCGCUUGCUUCCAAAUUUGCAUUCUUCUUAACACUUCAGGUAAAUGUAGCAUCCAGAGCAUAACAAUAAUAAAACUUAACCCCAUAAUCACUUCCUUCAAACAUUUUAUACAUGACGGAAAAGUAAACAGGCAUCAUAUUAAUCAAUUUAUGAGAGACCACGUGUCAGGCAGACAGGUUAUCAUUAUAUUUCUAUAAAAUAAAUGUACAAAUAUUUUUAAAAGAUUAGCCUAAAUCUUUUCUCAAGAUAUUUUGGAAGACAAGGAUGAAGCCUGUAAAUACAAAAGUGUAACCAAUGCCUUAAUUGUUGGAUUGUAGCAGAACUAUGGACUUAAUUAAUAUCAAACGUUCAAUGUUUGAAACGAUUUCUAUAUCAAUUUCUUACAGGUUCUCACUUUGGGAUGUAUUUAUAAAGUGAAUGUAGCAACAGACUACUUAUGAGCCACUUAUUAGUGUGAUGUUAGAAUUACAGGAUUGUUUUUACCAGGAAGAUUUGUCUGGAUGUUAAUGAAAAGACCAAUUUUAGCCAUACAGAGGGGUAUAUUGUGUUUAGUGGUUGACUGAUAUGCUUUUUUUAGCCGAUACCAAUAGGGACACUGCACUUUUUUUAAAAUAUGAUCAUUUUCCUGCUCCCCUUGAGAUUUUUACAGUUUUGGAAUCCAUUGACCAGAUCUUCGGGUCUGGCGGUACCACUUUUAGCAUAGCUUAGCACAAUUCAUUGAAUCUGAUUAGACCAUUAUCAGUAGUUUUGAUAUUUUUCCUAUUUAAAACUUGACUCUUCUUUAGUUACAUCGUGUACUAAGACCGACAGAAAAUUAACAGUUGCGAUUUUGCUAGGAACUAUACUCUUUUUCUGGCGUAAUAAUCAAGGACUUUGCUGCCGUAACAUGGCUGCAGGAGGCGCAAUGAUAUUACCCAGCGCCUGAAAAUAGUUCCUUUGGUAACUUCCACUAUUUUUAGCCACUGCAUAAUAUCAUUGCGCCUAAUUUUCUGUCGGUUUUAGUACACAAUGUAACUACAGAAGUGUCAAGUUUUAAAUAGGAAAAAUAUCGAAACUUUUUUGUUAUUUUUGAGCACAAUGCUAAUGGUCUAAUCAGAUUCAAUGGAUUAUGCUAAGCUAUGCUAAAAGUGGUACCGGGAGACCCAGAGAUCAGCUGAAUGGGUUCCAAAACGGUAAAAAUCAAAUGUUUAACUUUAAGGGAGCUGGAAAAUGAGCAUAUUUUCAAAAAAAUUGGAGUGUCCCUUUAAUAAGCUGUAUGGCCGAUAUGAGGCCAAUAUAACAAAUAAGAGAAAAACACAAAAUUGGUAAAACUACAUAAACAUUUGUUAUGCUUAACAUUUAUAAAUAUACCCAUUUAAAGUACUUAAAACACAUUUACAUAUUUAAUAAUUUUCAAAAUAAGACAUAAUUCAUGUGGAUCUGACAUCUCACGGUACUGUUUGAAAUAUCGUCCGAUAGACCAGUUUCUGCAAUAUAUCGCUCUAUGACUAAUUGUGUUGAUAAUAUAUGGACUAGACCCUAAAAAACGGUCUGUUUUACAGUACAUUAUGCCCCUAUUGAUUUUAGAGAGAGAGAUCAAAUUAAAUCUUAACUUUUAUUUCUGUUUAAACAAGCUUAUCUUGCUACUUUCAUAAGAGUAAAAGACAGACACCAUUUCUGAGUACACACUAAUAUUAAUACAUCUUCCUCUUAUUCAUUUUUGGUGAAUGAAAGACAUUUCAGAUUCGGUACAUGAUGUUAUGA